UGCACGUCCUUCUGGGGUAAAAUCUCUAGUCAGGCUGAUGCUCUAGGUCAAGAAGCUCUGGAAAGAAUGCUUGCUGUCCCUCAGACUAAAAUAUAUUUUCCACAGUGGUCUGAUUAUUCUCUUGGUUCUGCAGAAGUGAAGGAACACGGGAAAAAUGUGAUGGGAGCCAUCACUGAUGCUGUGGGCAAAAUGGAUGAUCUUAUCAGUGGACUGAGCUCCUUGAGUGAUCUCCAUGCCAAGGUUCACCUAGAUCCUUUAAACUUCAAGAUUCUGUCCCAUAACAUCCUCGUGACUCUUGCAGUUAAUUUCCCCGCAGACUUCACUGCAGAAGUGCACAUGGCCGUGGACAAGUUCCUUGCAGCACUGUCUGCAGCCCUCGCUGAUAAAUACAGAUAA